AUGAAUUUCUUCAAAUCCAUCUUAUCAGACGAUACGAACCCUCCAAAAUCCGAGAAUCCCCAAAAAUCUGAUCCCAAUUCCCCCUCAAACCCAUCCUAUAAACACUACGACGAGAACGACGCCAUUGACCAAGAUCAGAGCUGCCGGUCACACGGCCAACCUAAUUCAAACCCUAACUCGACCGAUGACGAUACGAACCCUCCAAAAUCCGAGAAUCCCCAAAAAUCUGAUCCCAAUUCCCCCUCAAACCCAUCCUAUAAACACUACGACGAGAACGACGCCAUUGACCAAGAUCAGAGCUGCCGGUCACACGGCCAACCUAAUUCAAACCCUAACUCGACCGAUGGUGGUGGUUGGGGUGGGUGGAGAUUCGGAGGUCUAAUCCAGAGCUAUGCGACCCAAUCGGGGUCAGUACUCCAGACCUACCGUCGCGAUCUCAGAGAAUUUGGGUCGGGGUUGAAGAAAGAAACUUCUUUGUUUCGCGAAGUUGCAAGCCGAACCGUGAAGGACCUCCCGUAUUCGAUUGAAGCGGCUCACGAAGUAAUCGAUGGAGUACUCAAGUCGACUGCCAAGAUCAUCUCCCACCGUAAAGAAGCCCUUCUUUCCGCCUCCGAUUUCCAAAACGAUACGCCUGAUACGAGUUCAAGUUGUAGUUCGAGACGGUAUAGUAGAUUCGAUGCGCUAUUAAGAACUAUUCAGAGUGACGUUAAAACUUAUUGUGAAGAACCUGAGAAUUUGGAGGAUUACAAUAAUUGGAAAUUAGGGUUUGUGUUGGAGGAGAAGAGUCAGGAAGUUGAGAAUUUGAUUGGCGACAGUGGAGCUUUGGAAGGUAUCUAUAAAAGGGUUGUGCCGAAUGAGAUUAACCAUGGUACAUUUUGGUCUCGGUACUUCUAUAGAGUCCAUAAGCUUAACCAACAAGAGAGUGUGAGAGCUAAUCUUGUAAAGAGAGCAGUUUCGAUUAAUGAUGAAGAAGAAUUGACUUGGGAUGUUGAUGAUGAGGAUGAUAAAGAGCAAGAGCUUAAGGAGUCUUCAAAAGGUGAGGAACUGGAACAUAACAAAGUCCUAAGUGAAGAUUGGCCGCAAAUGAUGAAGGGAGACAGUUAUGAGGUAUCACAGAGUGGAAGUUCUAGGGUUGAUGGUGGGAAGGAAGAACAUAAUUCCAAUGUGGGUAGAUCGAGUUUUGAUGAAGCGGUUGACGAGAAAGAACCAUCUAAACAAACCUAUGAAGUGAAAAAUGAUGAGGCAGUGUUGAAUUCUGAUGACAAGGUGGUUUUACAGGGGAAGGCUGAUCAUGGUGAAUCUUGUAGAUAUUGUGCUAUAUCCAUUGUAUCCAGUCAGCAGUCAGUGCCAGACGAGGAAGAGCUUGGGUGGGAUGAGAUUGAGGAUGUUGGGAGCAGUGAUGAAAAGAGGGUCACUGGCGGUGGGAGCCUGAACAGAGCUGAGCUACGGAAGCGACUGAGUGCUGCAGAAGAAGAUGAGGAUUUGACUUGGGAUAUUGAAGAUGAUGAUGAGCCUUUGAAAGCUUGA